CAGACAACGCAUAAUAUAUAUAUAUGAAUAUGAAUAACACUAUUUAUAAAAGCUGUUUGGCUUGGAAAGCUGUAAGAGAUUAAGAAAUGGCUCAGUGUUAUUUGAUGGGUACUGCUGGUUGCUUGAGACAAAAUGUAGCUCUCGCCCUAGUGUUUAGUGAUCCAUUAACUCUAGCAUAUGAUUUGACAAAGUAACCCCAAUAUCAAUGAGUCUAUCCCCAGGCACAAAGUUUUCCCAGGUGCAGUAACCUAGACCAACCAAUAAGAUGCUUGCUUCUAAACAGGUGACCAGUAAUUGAAGCUGGCAAAGCUAAGGUGGCACAUGCCAUCUAUACGCAAUCUGAUUGGCUCAGGCAGCUAAAGCUUCAUAACGGUCUUGACUGUUAGAGGAGUAUCAGUGCUGAGGAGUGAUUUCAUUGAUUUUUUGGAGAUUUUUGGAGAUUUCAACGCGAUUUAAAGCAAAAUAUCCCUUAAAUACUUCACACAUACACACACCUUACUGCUAAACAUAUUCCUGCACUUUCUGACACAUAUUUAGCCCACACAGCAUCAUCCCUACACAUUAACACAACCUACACUCAUUUCACUGCACACCCAACAGUUUUUUUUGCAGGUUUUUUUCUUCUAGGUUUUCAGUCCUUACAGAUUUGCCACUGACUGGAUAAUGGCUAGUAGGCAAGAGAAGAAAAGGGCAUAUACCGAGUCUUUGACACCUGACCUCGAAGAAUCGACGAAGAAGAGAAGCACUGAGGAGGCCAAUGAAGGCCCCGUAGAUACUGCCAGGCCUGAACCUGCUUCAGUCACCAGCAUCAAUUUCUACCAAUUGCUGGAACAUCCACGGAUCAGUAGAAGCCUGGACAUGGACUCAUGCAGGAAGGUGACAGAUAAGUACCUUCUGGCUAUGGUGAAGGUCUAUCUCCAGCGCGCCGAGCUCAAGAAAGAAGAAUACACCAUGAUGAACUUUUUCGCAGCCCUGCUUCUGGCCAAUGAAAUGGAAGACGAGACACCUUUCCAUGACCUGAUUUACCCCUGGUGCCUAGGGGAGGAAUUUUGGGUAAAAUGGCAGGAGCUGAGGAGCUGCAAACUGGAGUUGUGGGUGAGGAUGGGUUUCAAAGCCCUGGUGAGCAGAACAUCCUGUGAGGAGGCAAUGGAAGAUAACCCAACCCACUGGGUAUGGAAGCGUGAAAGACAUCCCAACCAUGGAUUGGCCAUCAGGUGGCACGCAAGACAGAGGGACUUUUUUUACUUCCGUGCCCCCAAUAUCAGCCCAGCCUUCUGCUCCCAGUGCGCACCCAAACCCCCAACUCCAGAGGAAGUUCGGCCAGACAAGGUCUUGCCAUUCAAGCUGCGGAUGAAGAAAAUGUGGAAGAAAGACUUCCCAUAAGUUCCACAUUGAUCCUUUUAUUAAUAUAUCAUUCAUAUUUUUGACAAAUGUUAUUAUAGAGUUUAGGAUAUAACUUAUUGCCCUUUUUUAUUAGUGUAAAUUAUUAUAUUUAAUUAUUUAUAUUUUAAUACAUUUGCAUAGAGAUUUAUAUCGAAAUGUUAAUACUAUAUGUUAUAGAGUUCUAAAUUAAAUACAGGUAUGGGACCUGCAUCCAGAAUCCUCAGGGUUUUCCAGAUAAAGAAUCU